CUAAGCAUCAUUAUUUUUUAUGUAUGAAUGAGAGUUGUUUUUGGAGCUGUAAUGACUUCCAUGAUUCCUUUAGGUAUUUGCUUCUGUUGUGGUUAUGGCUGUAUUAGGUUUAGUUUCCAUUUUGUGGAUGACCACAUGCCCCUAUUUAAGCUUCAUAUUGGUCACAUUUUUCCCCAUUGUUGACAGAUUCGAUAGGCCAAUUUUGCAUGGGUUGUGCAUUCUAGGGUAUGCAGUUAGGGCCAUCAUCAAAUCCAUAUGCAAAGGAGAUCCAACUAUGGUGAAAGGUAUAUUUGGUCGAUUCCUUUUACACGUGUUCCCUGGCGAAACCGCGGUUACUGAGAUGUGGCUUGAAGGCUUGAGGGUCAUAUACCAGACAAGUGUGAAAGAAAGAAACCGAGCGGUGCUGUCAGGUUAUGUUGACCUUCAUUGUCUGGCUCCAUCUUUGUAGAUUAGCUCAAUGCAUGAAAUAAGAAUCUCAGUUUCUUGGUAAUCGGUGAUUCAAUUUCCUUAGUAUUUGACAUUGGAGAUGCAAACAAAAAGAUAACAAUCAAUAAAAGUUUCGAUGAUAGCAAGCAUGGACAUAAGUAUCCAAAGCAUUUGAUGUAUCAGAUUGGAUGAGCAGCACUAGGAGAGAAGCCUUCUCCUGUACGUUUGUCUGCUCCAUUAAUUUAUCUAUAUGCUCACUAAUAAGCAAGGAUUGAGGAUUGGCAAUGGCAUGCAAUGUUAUGUAAAUCAAAAGGUGAAAUGGCA